CUGCUUCAGAAACCCAGUGGAAUCCAACCCAUUCGGUUAAAAUCUUGCUCUUCGUCUUGUGGGGCUAGCGGAAGUGGUGCAGAAACAGUGGUUUCACGUUGCAGCGAAAAAAAUCGCAAUACACAACAGUAUGUUUUAGUUUAGAGUUGUUCACUUAUUCUCAGUUUUCCCUCGUACUCGUGUUCACACACUUUGCAUUAUCUUCACACUCAAAAGUCAGUGAAAAGCACAUCGGGUCAAAAAUGGCAGUAAAAGCUCUUCUCUCACAUUGUCGUGGUAGUUGUCCGACUUCCUCCUUCUUUGCUCAGAUGCACAUCACAUGGGUUAUCUUUUGGGUCCUGGUACUUCAAUCAGUCCUCCCACCACGUCCCGGUGUGCUGGCUGAGGUGAAAGUGCAGUGCUUCGACUGCAACUGGCAGAGCUCGACGUCGCACCUCAACUCAGAAACGGUGCAGGACUACUGCCUCCCAGAACACUUCCGGAGGGACAAAGUGAACACGAUCUCCUGUUCCCAGGGAUGCAUGACGACGAGCAUGUACGAGGGCGAUCUCGGUGGUCCUGUGACGACGUUGGAGCUGCGUGGGGGCACCUCGGAGGACAAGGAGCAAGUUUCCAGCCUGGCACCCAAUCGCCCACCAUUGUCCUUCUUCACGCGGGGCUGUCCCAACGGGGAUAUCACGAGGAAAGAAGGUGGCAGCGGUUGCGAGGAAAAAACCUAUCAGCACGUAUUUCGGGAGGAAUGCUUUUGCAGGACGCCACUCUGUAAUGGCGGACAUCCAACACGAAGCCCACAAAAUCAAGCAGUUAUUUUUCUCAUCUUGGGUGCUCUGCUUACCAGAAACAUGAACACAAUGUGAUACGAUGAUAUUCAUUACCAUCCAUCCAUAACGUGCAGAUUUCAUAAUAAUUAUUCUGAAAUUGAUGAUUUAUUCUGAAAUGUUAUGAUUUACAACUUCUCGAGGUGUCUGUAAAAGAGUGCAGUAGUGGAACUUGCAUAUGUAUGUAUGUCAUGAAACUUACAAAUGUUCAUCUCUUUAAUAAAUAACUUUGACCUCAGC